AUGCCGUUGGCCCGGAUAAGCCGGGCAUAUGUCAAAAGCAAAUGGACAGUUGGCUUUGAGCGCUGGCAUCGGGACAACAGUCACGAGUCUGCCAUAUCAUACCUGUCCGUCACCAGUGAGUCCCGGGUUGACGAGCCCGUGAAGAUUGACACACCAUUCACGGCCACCGGUAAGGGUCCGGACCGUAAGGUUAGGUUAGGCCGCGAGAGUUGGGCCGAAACACACGGUUUGUGGUCACCAGCGAUGAUAUCGAGUCUGAAUGUGACUCUUAAGGCGCCCGACGGCCGGGUCUAUGGUUUGGGCGGCGAUCGAGCGGUGUAUCGGCCGCUGGAGAUGAAAGCGUUUAUAAAACAAAUGGACAGUUGGCGCCGGCACCGGGACAAUAGUCAGGAGGCUGUCAUAGCAUAUUCAUCCGUCACCAGUGAGUCCCGAUUGGACGAGCCCGUGAAGGUCAGGGUAUGGAUUGACGCCCCAUUCACGGCCACCGCUAAAGGUCCGGAUCAUAUGGUAACUACAACUGCAGUAAUUACGGCCGAAGUGACCAAACGGUACAACUAUGUCAUCUGUGCGGAUGUGUUGGCACUGGUGGACAGGCCUACCGGCGAUCCAGUGGUG